GGCCGGCGGCGGGUGGCUGGGGCAGCUUUCCCCGGGCGCCCCGGUGCGCACGGCCUUAUGGGAGUUGUAGUUCUCACCAUUCCGAGCCUCCAGACUAGGCGUCCUCGCGGGACUCAUCUUCCCGUGCUCCUCUGCGCGGCUCCGCUUGGAACAGGUCCCGGGGUGAGUAAGGAGGUGGGUGGGAUCCUGCUCAGGGAAAAGUGGAAGCAAGUCGUCUGUGAUAGUGGAGUCGCUACCACCAAGGAACUGGGGGCUGGUUCCUGUACGUACCUUCCAGAACGCUGGAGGCCAAACUUGAAAUGCAAGUUUAAGGUUCCCUAGAGGGCGAAAGUUAGGGAGCUGAGUGCCCCCCCCCCCCAGCCCACUCGGUAGCGGUACCGACUCUGACCUGGUUAAUACUUCCCGGGAGUAGUCACUGCUCCCACCUCCGCUUCUUGCCUCACCUUCCCACUCGGGAUCUGCCUUAGGGCCGGGAGUCGCAGUGGUCCCGGCUUGUUUGGGCGCUGCAUGGACGCUCUCGAGAGCUCCUGCGAACUUGAGGGCGGCUGCUGAGCCCCGAAGCCGCCGAGGGCUCCUGUUUGCCUGUGCAGCCACAACCCAGAGGGCAGCCGAAGGGCUGUCACCAUGAUGACCCAUAUCUUCCGAGCGCGCGUGUGGGCCCCGGUGGGCGUCCUGACUUCGCUGGCGUACUGCCUCCACCAGCGGCGGGUGGCCUUGGCUGAGCUACAGGGGGCCGACGGCCGGCACCGCGUGGAACGUAACCUGCUGGAGCUGAAAAUGGUGCAGGUCGUGUUUCGACACGGGGCGCGGAGUCCUCUCAAACCGCUCCCGCAAGAGGAGCAGGUACAGUGGAAUCUCCAGCUUUUAGAGGUCCCGCCCCAAACUCAGUUUGAUUACACAGUCACCAAUCUAGCUGGUGGCCCGAAACCACAUUCUCCUUAUGACUCUGAGUACCAGGAGACCAUCCUGAAGGGGGGCAUGUUUGCUGGGCAGCUGACCAAAGUGGGCAUGCAGCAGAUGUUUGCCCUGGGAGAGCGACUGAGGAAGAACUAUGUCGAGAACAUCCCCUUUCUCUCACCAACGUUCAACCCACAGGAAGUCUUUGUUCGUUCCACUAACAUAUAUCGGAAUCUGGAGUCUACCCGUUGUUUGCUGGCAGGGCUUUUCCAGCGUCAGACAGAAGGACCCAUCGUCAUCCACACUGAUGAGGCAAGCUCGGAAGUCUUAUACCCCAACUACCAAAACUGCUGGAGCCUGAGGCAGAGAACCAGAGGCCGAAGGCAGUCUGCCUCUUUGCAGCCAGGAAUCUCAGAGGAUUUGAAAAAGGUGAAGGAAGGGAUGGGUAUUGACAGCAGUCAAGAGGUGGAUUUCUUCAGCCUCCUGGACAACAUGGCUGCUGAGGAGGUUCACAGCCUCCCGAGCUGCCCGGCACUGAAAAGAUUUGCAUGGAUGAUUGAACAGAGAGCUGUGGACACAGCCUUGUACGUCCUGCCGAGGGAAGACAGGGAGAGUCUUCAGAUGGCCGUAGGCCCAUUCCUGCACAUCCUGGAGGACAACUUGCUGAAAGCUGUGGACCUUGCCACUCCACCUGGCAAGAUCAGAAAGCUGUAUCUCUAUGCAGCUCAUGAUGUGACCCUCAUUCCUCUCUUAAUCACCCUGGGGAUAUUUGACCACAAGUGGCCACCGUUUGCUGCGGAUCUGACCAUGGAACUCUACCAGCACCAGGAAUCUAAGGAAUGGUUUGUGCAGCUCUAUUACCAUGGGAAGGAGCAGGUGCCGAGAGGUUGCCCUGAUGGGCUCUGUCCACUGGAUAAAUUCCUGAACACCAUGUCACUUUACACCUUAAACCCAGAAAAAUACCACACACUCUGCUCCCAAACACAGGCAAUGGAACUUGGAAAUGGAUAGUGACUGAUUUAUACAAGGCCGACAUAUUGAUUUUUCAAUAAAAUGCCUUUAUAUAAU